AUGGCCUCAGGAAAGGACAAAGAUACAAUCGACCUCUAUGACGGCGAUAUCGACCUGCUCGAUUAUGGGGAUGACCUCGAGGCAGAUCUCCUCGAUGGUGACCUGGCGGGUGUCGGAGGCUAUGACGACCUCGAGUUGGGCGCCGAAGACGAACUGGAACUCGACUUACUUCCCCUGGACGCCGUCUCGUCCUCCACGUCCUCCAACAAGAAGGCUGCUGCUGACCAGAACGGGACGGCGACCGCUUCUGCCACGAAAGGAGGGCAGGGUACUGCCGGUACCUAUGGCGGCGAUGUCGCGUACGACGAGACUGACUACACCGCCGAGGUUGACGCGUCUGUAGCCGAGGGCGCGAGCUCAAAAACCAACAAUAACCAAUCAACUUCGAAUGACGAAAACCGGGACGCGUCGCCCUUUUCAGCAACCACCUCACAUAAACCCCAACCUUACAACGGAAGUCAUAGCGAAACCGAGCUCGGAGGUAUUAAUCGGCAGAGUUCCAGUCCAUCCGACGAUCGUUCCUCGUACAACAACAACUACAACAACAGCGCGUCGUCUUCACCGCGCGGAGAUGGGCGAAGUGGUGGAUUGAGAGGCCGUGGAAAUCAAGGAUAUGGCACUGGCACUGGUCGUGGAAACUACCAGGGCGGUAGAGGAGGAAACAUGCUGGGCAUGGGCAUGAGCCAACAGCAGAUAUAUGCUAUGCAGCAGAUGGGCAUGAACAUGAACAUGGGCAUGGGUAUGAACAGUGGACGCUAUUCUGGUGAUGGAUACGGCAACCAGGGAAUGGGAUACCCUUACAAUAGUGGAGCAGGCAUGGGUGGCGGUGGUGGUGCUGGUACUCCUGGCAGGACGAUUCACAUCAACCCAAAGUUCCAGAACCGUGCUGGAGUUCCAGCGAUCCCAGGAGCAACAACAGCAUCAACAGCACAGUGCCAGCAGGACUGGAUCGUGCGCUUGGUCAAGAACAACGGCAGGGGUCCCGACAGUUCCACCAAGAUUCUGGAAAUGGUCAAUCGCCGGGCCGAGGAAACCAGUUGUCGCGGUCUGGAUCCCAAGACAGGUUCGAUGGCGAUCGGGCGAAGCGAUUCGAGAGAUAGACGUGACCAACAGGGCGGCAGCGGAUAUGAGCGAGGAGGACGUUCGGAUAGUUCAUACCGUUCCCCUGGAAGUUCAGAACGAGAUUUCGGCCAAGGAUUGUCGACAAGCAGAGACUUUAGCAGCCGGUCAGGAGAUUCUCCAAGGACCCCACAGCCGCAAUCGCCCUUGCCUUCGUAUAACAAUGGCAGCAACCGCCCAUCACCCAUCAUUGGAGGAGGAAGUCCAGGAUCGAUUUCCAGCCGGUUGACGCCUGUUCUCAAGCGUGCAGGUGGAGGAUCGGUGGAGGAGUCUCAGAAGGCACAUAAAUCCAGUGGUGUAAGCACUCCUCGUAGCGAACACAGCCGAUCGAGUACCGGUCAGGGAUAUGGAUCUGAUGCGGGAUCUGUGUCAUUUUUGAGGGACCGUCGGGACGUUGGUGAUGGCGGCGAGGACGGCCCACAGCAAAGACAGCCCGAGCAAGCGUCGUCAUCGAGUAAUGCGGUGCCUACAGGAUUUGUCAGAGUCGAUAACAUACCCGAUUCUGUCUCUGACACUUCGAUUCGUCAGCUUGCCCACGGUAUCUCUGGCGUCGGCCGUGUUCUUACUGUCUCCAAGAAGGGCGAUCGGACGAUCGUUCUCGGAUUUGCAUCAGUCGACGAAGCCAAGACAUCGAUCGAAGGAUCAUUGGUCACUGUGACCUUGACCUCGGCUUGA